AUGGCAAACGAGUAUUUCGAGGAAAGCGAGUCCACGUUAGGCGCAAACCCAGAACAUAUUCCUCGCAAUUCUGAUUCUUAUGAGAAUGCAUCUUCGCCAGUCAGUUCGCCUCGACCCGCAGAUUACGCGCCAACUCGCACUACUCCGUUGCACUCCCAGCCAGAUUCUACAGGGCCGAAGUCAGAUGAGGAUGAUGCCGCACGUACAUUAUCUCGUCGACGCACCCAUGGCUCUGGUGAUGGUCCCAAAGGAGAGGAAUGGGCCCAGAUAGAUGGAAUGAUCUCACGGAUGUUCGGUCCUAAGCGCAAAGCAAAUUCCGAAGAAGAGAAAACACGUCAUCUUGGAGUUGUAUGGAAAAGCCUGACCGUGAAGGGCGUGGGACUUGGGGCUGCUCUCCAGCCUACCAAUGGGGACAUCUUUCUCGGGUUACCGCGACUCAUCAAACAACUAUUCACUCGAGGGAGGAAAGGCUCCGGGGGUGGAGAAACACCGAUACGGACUAUCUUAGAUGAUUUCACUGGCUGUGUUCGUCCGGGGGAGAUGCUUCUGGUUCUGGGCCGCCCUGGCUCUGGUUGUUCCACUUUCUUGAAAGUGCUCGGCAAUCAACGAGCGGGCUACGAAAGCAUUGAAGGCGCUGUGCGGUAUGGCGGCACCGAUGCAGAAAAGAUGGCAAAGCAGUAUAGGUCUGAAGUCUUAUACAACCCUGAGGAUGAUCUCCAUUAUGCAACUCUGACUGUGCGAGAUACACUGCUUUUUGCCUUGAAAUCCCGAACUCCCGACAAAGCCUCACGAAUUCCGGGAGAAAGCCGAAAGGAAUAUCAGCAGACCUUCUUGUCUGCUAUAGCUAAGCUGUUCUGGAUUGAACAUGCACUGGGAACCAAAGUCGGGAACGAACUAAUUCGCGGAAUUUCCGGGGGCGAAAAGAAAAGAACCUCAAUUGCUGAAGCCAUGGUUACAAAGGCUAGCACCCAGUGCUGGGACAACUCUACCAAGGGCUUGGAUGCCAGUACGGCGCUGGAGUAUGUUCAAAGCUUGCGAAGUCUAACGAACACCGCCAACGUCUCAACGAUCGUAGCUCUCUACCAAGCCUCGGAGAGUCUAUUUGAACUUUUCGACAAGGUGAUUCUGAUAGAAGAUGGAAAAUGCUCUUUCUUCGGACCUAUCCAAGAUGCAAAGGCCUACUUCGAAGGGUUGGGCUUUGAAUGCCCCCCACGUUGGACGACCCCCGACUUUUUGACUUCUGUCAGUGAUCCUCAUGCAAGACGUGUUAAGGAUAGCUGCCAUGACCGAAUCCCUCGAAAUGCAGCUGAAUUUCAAGCUCAAUAUCGCAAAAGUGAUACUUACAAAAGAAACCUGGCGGACGUUGAAAGCUUUGAGGGCGAUAUCGAAGGCCAGAAGCAGGAGAGAGAGGCUGCAAGAAGGAAAGCCAAACGGAAAAACUUCACGAUCUCAUUCUACAAGCAGGUCAUGACUCUCACAUAUCGUCAGUUUCUGGUAAUGUUUGGUGACAGAGAGUCAUUGAUUGCGAAGUGGAGUGUGAUAACUUUUCAAGCCCUCAUUACUGGCAGUUUGUUUUACAACCUCCCGGAUACAAGCAAUGGCGUUUUUACGAGGGGUGGCGUGAUGUUCUUUAUGCUGCUUUUCAAUGCAUUGCUUGCUAUGGCAGAGCUGACGGCAGCAUUUGAGAGUCGACCAAUACUGAUGAAACAUAAAAGCUUCUCUUUCUAUCGGCCUGCGGCGUAUGCGCUCGCCCAAGUUGUGGUUGAUGUGCCUCUUGUGUUCAUACAAGUCUUUCUAUUUGAUAUCAUAGUAUACUUCAUGGCAAACCUUGCACGAACUCCUUCACAGUUCUUCAUAAACCUGCUUAUUCUUUUCAUUCUCACAAUGACCAUGUACUCAUUCUUUCGUGCCCUUGGGACUCUAUGCUCCUCAUUGGAUGUUGGCUAUCUCAUCCCUCCGUGGAAAAUGCACCCGUGGUUAAAAUGGAUCAUUUGGAUCAACCCUGUCCAAUACGCAUUUGAGGCGUUGAUGGCUAAUGAGUUCUACAACCUUCAAAUAAAAUGUGAACCACCCUACAUUGCGCCUGGUGGACCCAACGCUGUACCCGGUCACCAAUCCUGUGCAAUUCAAGGCAGUGAUCCAGACCAGUUGAUUGUGGACGGUUCCAAGUAUAUACAAACGGCAUUCACAUACAGCAGAGCUCACCUAUGGCGAAAUUUCGGCAUCAUUAUGGGAUGGCUCAUCUUUUUCGUUUGUUUAACAAUGUUGGGAACGGAAUUGCAGAGACCUAAUAAGGGUGGCAGCGCGGUCACGGUGUUUAAAAGAAGUGAAGCCCCCAAAGCAGUCCAAGAUGUCAUAAAACAAUCCGGCCCCCGAGGAGAUGAGGAAUCCGCGGAGAAGGAUGGCAUAGCAUCCAACAAAGCUGACGGCGACACAAGUGUAUCCAGGGACAAGGUCCAAGACAUUGCUAAAAACACUGCAAUCUUUACAUGGCAAGACGUCAACUACACGAUUCCAUACAAGGGUGGCCAGAGACAAUUAUUGCAAAAUGUUGAAGGAUAUGUGAAGCCUGGUCGGCUGACUGCGUUGAUGGGUGCUUCUGGCUCAGGGAAAACCACCUUGCUCAAUGCGCUAGCACAGCGAAUCAAUUUUGGCGUGAUCACUGGCGACUUCCUAGUGGAUGGAAGGCGUCUCUCAAGGAGCUUCCAGAGAGCGACCGGAUUCGCCGAGCAGAUGGACAUUCACGAACCAACUGCUACGGUGCGGGAGUCUCUUCGGUUUUCUGCUCUGCUACGACAACCAAAAGAAGUCCCAUUACAAGAAAAGUAUGAUUACUGUGAGACAAUCAUUGACUUGUUAGAGAUGCGGCCUGUCGCUGGCGCAACUGUUGGAUCCGCGGGCUCAGGCCUGAACCAAGAGCAGCGCAAACGACUCACCAUUGCAGUGGAACUGGCGAGUAGACCGGAGCUGUUGCUUUUCCUGGACGAACCCACGUCCGGCCUCGAUUCUCUUGGCGCGUUCAACAUUCUACGGUUCCUUCGCCAACUUGCAGAUGCUGGCCAAGCGGUUCUCUGUACAAUCCAUCAACCUUCUGCUGUGUUGUUUGAGCACUUUGAUGAGCUCUUGCUUCUGAAAAGCGGUGGAAGGGUUGUUUACAAUGGGCCUCUUGGGAAUGACUCCAAGACGCUGAUCCAUUACUUUGAACAAAAUGGCGGGAGGAAGUGCUCACCGCAUGAAAAUCCGGCAGAGUAUAUGUUGGAAGUCAUCGGGGCUGGAAAUCCUGAUCAUAAGGGGCAGGACUGGGCGAAUGUGUGGGCGAACUCACCAGAAUCCAAGCAGCUUUCUGAGGAACUGCAAGGUAUCGUCGCCUCCCGUAGGAAUGCUCAAAAUGACGAGAAGACUACCGACGAUCGCGAGUAUGCAAUGCCUCUCUAUGUUCAAGUGGCCGCGGUUACCAAGCGCGCAUUCGUGGCUUACUGGAGGACCCCGGACUACAUCCUUGGUAAACUGAUGCUCCACAUAUUUACCGGCCUUUUUAACACCUUCACAUUCUGGCAUCUGGGAAAUAGCUUCAUUGACAUGCAAUCACGAGUCUUCUGUGUCUUCAUGACAUUGAUUAUAGCUCCGCCGCUGAUACAGCAGCUCCAACCGCGUUAUCUCCAUUUUCGAGGCCUUUAUGAAUCCCGCGAAGCUAACUCCAAGAUCUACUCCUGGCCUGCCUUUGUGACAAGCACAAUUAUCCCAGAACUGCCAUACUCGAUUGUUGCCGGGUCACUUUACUUUAACUGCUGGUACUGGGGAACUUGGUUUCCACGCGACUCGUUCAGUUCCGGCUAUGUUUGGAUGUCGCUGAUGUUGUUCGAAGUAUACUAUAUUGGACUGGGUCAAUUCAUAGCCGCACUUGCACCCAAUGAGCUAUUCGCAAGUUUGCUUGUGCCGACUUUCUUUACAUUUAUUGCCUCCUUCUGCGGUGUUGUCGUCCCUUAUAUCGCAAUGCCGCAUUUUUGGCAGUCAUGGAUGUACUGGCUUACGCCUUUCCACUAUCUACUUGAGGGAUUUGUUGGAGUCAUCACCCAUAAUGUCCCCGUACGCUGUGUUGAGCGUGAAGAAUCCCGCUUUAGCACUCCAGCUGGCAUGAGCUGUCAAGAUUAUGCUGGACCUUACGCUGAAAAGGCUGGUGGAUAUGUCCGAGACGCUGGGAAUGGAAUGUGCUCAUACUGUCAAUACUCGACCGGUAAUCAAUAUGGAAUCCUCUGGGCGUAUAUCAUCUUCAACUUUGCUCUUGUUUUCGCCUUCUCCUGGUUGUAUUUGCACGGUUUUAACAACAUGAAGCGCUGGUUCAGUGCGCGUAAGGCGAGAAAGGGCAAAGGCCGUUCUUGA